AUGGCUCCACAGGCAUUUUGUUGCGAUCAGAUCAGAUCUACAACUUUCGAAAAUGAGUACCGACUCGGACUCUUCAUCUACUGGGCAAAAGCAGGUAACAAGACACCGUCAACCAACGAUGAAAACCCAGGACUCGAUGUCCCGUUUUGCGUCGAAGUGUUUCAGAAGCCCAAGUCAACCCGGCUCUUUGUACCAACCGGCUGGGGUGAAUUCACUGAGAUGAAUCUGAAACUGCUCGCAAUGCCAUGGGUGUCACAUGGGCAUGCUCCCGGAGAAUCUGUUGCAGGUUACAGUUUACGAAAGAAGGGUCAAAUCGUCAACUCUUCUCCGACAAGAUCUACAGGUUCCAAUACCAAAGGUCCAGAUCAAAAUGGCUGUGGAGACCCUUCCUCUUCGACAGCAGCUACGGAACCAACCAACAUAGCGAGAGAACCAGACGCAUCAACAAAUCCACCAGCAGCACACGAUCACACAGAAACCCUAGUUGGUACGAACAUCAAGUAUAGUUUGGAGAAUAUUUCUUCGUUGGCGACUAUGCCUGCGGGUCAAUAUGUCCUUGACUUGAUUAACCGGGCAAGAGAUACGGUGCCACUUUCUAAGGUUUCCCUUCCCACCGAAGCCAAGAUCCUGAAAAAGUAUUUGUUUCAUGAUCUGAGCAAGUUGACAGAGUCUGUCGAAGAGAAUAUCUUCCUCUGGAUGCUGCUGUCCACAUCAUAUCCAGUUGCCAAGUUCUUGAUGAGCCGCAGCCCUUCCAACGUCUAUACCAGGGAUAACAGAGCGAAGAUACUCGAAGCCACUGCAGCCGCUGUUAAUGCGGUGUAUUGCCUCGCUAUUGGUCAGCAUGAGGGUCAAGAUAGCAAUCCGGACAUUAUUGAUGUUUUGGAAGAGAUUUGUCGACAACAUCGGGAUGAUUGA